AUGGCAUCGCCUUCACCUAAUGUUGAUCUCUUCGAUGCAUAUUUUCGACGUGCCGAUUUGGAUCGAGACGGCCGUAUCAGCGGUGCCGAAGCCGUUUCUUUCUUCCAAGGCUCCGGUUUGCCCAAAAACGUUCUUGCACAGAUUUGGGCAUUUGCAAACACACAUCAAAGUGGUUUCCUUGGUCGUGCGGAGUUCUACAAUGCACUUAAACUUGUUACAGUUGCACAGAGCAAGCGCGAACUCACUCCUGAAAUGGUGAAAGCGGCAUUGUAUGGCCCAGCCGCAUCUAAGAUUCCUGCUCCUCAAAUCAAUUUCAGUGCCACAGCUACACCUGCACCUGCACCUGCACCUGCACCGGCACCGGCACCGGCACCUCAGGUAAAUCUUGGAGUGAGGGGGCCAGUUCCAAAUCAAAACCUUCCUGCUUCACCGGUAAAUCAGUCAACAAGGCCUCUGCAAAAUUUGUCUGCUGGUAUUCCAACUCAAGGAGUGGCUGCUGUUGGAGGAGCUCGCCCUGCAAGUUCUGCUGCUUUCCCUAGUUAUGGAAACAUGGGUGGAGCUUCGCAACAACUGCAAAUAGCGUCCUCUCAGCUACCGGUUAGAGGAACUAGUCUUACUUCAACUCAGGAGGGCCCUGGUCUUGCAAUUACUACAUCUGGAUCAAAUGUUGCAUCUCUCACACCUAAACAAUCAGAAUAUGCUUCAUCUGCCACUAAGCCAGCAGAUCAAGUGGUCAAGAAUUCUAGAUCCAUGGAUACUUCUUUGAAUGGUACUGCUUCUGAUUCAUUUUUCGGAGGGGAUUUUUUCUCAGCCAGCUCCACUCAGCCAAAGCAAAAUUCUUCUCCACAAGGAUUUUCUUCUACCAAUUCUCUGCUUUCAUCUGCCAUUGUUCCUGUAUCUGGAGGGAACCAGAAUUCUAUUAGGACUAGUUCCCCUGAUUCAUUGCAGAGCUCACUUGCUACUCAGUCUGGCAGUCCACAUCUUCAGCAGUCAGGCAGUCCACAUCUUCAGCAGCCCCGUCCACAUCUUCAGCAGUCAGGAAGUCCACAUCUUCAGCAGCCCCGUCCACAUCUUCAGCAGUCCCAGCCGGCGGUAAAACAGAACCAGCAUGCCCCGGUUCAGACGCCUAAUAUGCUUAGUUCAUCUGGACUUCAAGUGAGAUCGCAGGAUUCUGUGUCAGGUCAGCCCCAAUCUCCAUGGCCACGAAUGAACCAGACUGAUGUUCAGAAAUAUACGAGAGUAUUCAUGGAAGUAGACACAGACAGAGAUGGGAAAAUCACUGGGGAACAGGCGAGGAACUUGUUUCUUAGUUGGAGAUUACCAAGAGAGGUUUUAAAGCAGGUCUGGGAUUUAUCUGAUCAAGAUAAUGAUAGCAUGCUUUCUCUCAGAGAAUUUUGUAUUGCGCUGUACCUGAUGGAGCGACACAGGGAGGGACGUGCUCUUCCGGGUGUACUUCCAAGUAGUAUAGUUCUUGAUUUACCUCCUACCGGUCAACCUGCUAAUGUCCACAGUGCUGUAUCUUGGGGAAAUCCACCAGGUGCUCAACAACAGCAAGGGGUAGCUGCAUCUGGUGCUCGACAAGUGAACCCUGCUGCAGGUCGGCCACCAAGGCCGGCUGCUGUCCCUCCAUCUGAUGAAGGAUCUCAGAACAAGCAGCAGAAAUCCAAAAUUCCAGUCUUGGAGAAGCAUCUCAUAAAUCAACUGAGUUCAGAUGAGCAAAAUUCAAUUAACUCGAAGUUCCAAGAAGCAACAGAAGCUGAUAAGAAGGUAGAAGAACUUGAGAAAGAAAUAGUGGAGUCGAGAGAGAAAAUAGAAUUCUUCCGUGCAAAAAUGCAGGAACUUGUUCUGUACAAGAGCAGAUGUGACAAUCGUCUUAACGAGAUCAUCGAAAGGAUAUCUGCCGAUAAGCACGAGGUAGAGAUUCUAGCAAAGAAAUAUGAUGAUAAAUAUAAGCAAGUUGGAGAUGUAUCAUCCAAGUUGACGACUGAGGAAGCCACAUUUCGUGACAUGCAGGAGAAAAAAAUUGAAUUAUAUCAAGGGAUUGUCAAGUUGGAACAGGAUGUAAAUACCGACGACACGGUACAGGGGCGUGCUGAUCGCAUCCAAUCUUCCCUUGAUGAACUGGUGAAGUCUCUAAAUGAAAGGUGCAAGCAGUAUGGAUUACGUGCAAAGCCCACAACACUAGUGGAGCUACCCUUUGGCUGGCAACCUGGUAUCCAGGAAGGAGCUGCUGACUGGGACGAGGUUUGGGAUAAGCUUGAAGAUAAAGCAGAAUUUGCUCUUGUCAAAGAAUACACUCUUGAUGUGCAAAACACCAUAGCGCCUCCAAAACAAAAGUUACCAAAGGCUGUGAACACGAAAGCUUUGGAUAUUGACAGUCCAAAAUUUGCUGCGUCACCUAAGAGUGAUGAUGAUAAGUCAGAAAAACCUCAGACUACAAAUGAACAGGGAGUAGACAACGGAUCUCCUUAUAAUAAAAGUGAUGAUGGGUCUGCAAAAAGUGCUCCUAAUAGUCCAUUUGCAAGCAGUACUAUUGGAAGUCCGCAUAGGGACUUUGUUGAUUCUGACAUUCGAAAGAAUUCCGGUGAAGAUAGCUCUCCCCGUAAUCAAGAUGCCGCGCCAGAAACCCAAAGUGAUCACAGUGGCGAGAAGUCUUUGUUUUCUGAAGACAAAGUUUUUGAUGAAUCUCAUUGGGGGGGAACCUUUGACGCAAAUGAUGAUGUUGAUUCAGUUUGGGGAUUCAGUUCCAGUAGCAUCACUAAGGAGGAGAGAGAUCUUGAUGGAGCUGGAGACAGCUAUUUCUUUGGUUCUGGAGACCUGGGCCUGAACCCCAUUAAAACAGCAUCACCACAGGCUGGUGGUCCUUUCCAGAAGACCAGUGGGUUCAGUUUUGAUGAUUCUGUUCCAAGCACCCCACUUUUCAGCUCGGGCAGCUCCCCGCAAAAGCCUAAAGACUGGUUGGAAAACGCCUUUGACUUUUCAAGAUUUGAUUCAUUUAGCACACAUGAUAGUGCAUCUUUACCUGCACGGGAAGCACCGGUGCGAUUUGAUUCAUUUAGCACACAUGAUAGUGCAUCUUUACCUGCUCGGGAAGCACCAGUACGAUUUGAUUCUGUCCUCAACAGUGUGGAUUAUGAUCAUGGUUUUCCUGCUUUUGAUGACUCGGAUCCCUUUGGCUCUGGGCCUUUUAGGACUUCAUUCGAUAGUCAAACUCCUAAAAGAGGAUCUGAUCAUUGGAAUUUAUCAGAAAGCCAAACUCCUAAAAGAGAAUCUGAUCAUUGGACUUCAUCAGAAAGUCAAACUCCUAAAAGAGGAUCUGAUCGUUGGAAUUUAUCAGAAAGCCAAACUCCUAAAAGAGAAUCUGAUCAUUGGACUUCAUCAGAAAGUCAAACUCCUAAAAGAGAAUCUGAUCAUUGGAGUGCUUUUUAG